CUUAAGCGAGGCGCAGGGUGGGGGGGCCUUUUUAGGCAAGGCGCAGGAGCCUACUAGAGGCGCAGCCGAGGCGCAAUAAGGCGCGAAAGGCGCGCCUAGGCGCAGGCUCACUAAGGCGCCGCCUUAUGUAGAAUUAGGGUUAGGGUACAAUUUUAUUUAAAACAGAAAAAUAACACACCAGCCGCGCCUCCUUUCUCCUCUCUUCUCUCUCCUUGCGUCUUCCCCCCUUUGCUCACAUACCGGCGUCGCCAGCAAGCCCCCGCCGCCGCCAGCCAUCCACCGCCGCCGCCGCCAGCCCCAGCCGUCCGCCGCCGCCAGCCCCAGCCGUCCGCCGCCGGCGCCGCCAGCCUCCAGCACGUAAGGCUUCAGUUUUUGAAGUUCAUUUUUUGAGUUUUAACUUGUAUUUCAGUUUUUGAAGUUUAUUUUGAAUUUCAACUUUCAAAUGCAAUAUUGUAGUUCAGUUUUUGAAGUUGUUUUUGAGUUUUAAUUUUCAAAUUCAACAUUGUAGGUCAGUUUUUUAAGUUGUUUUUUAUAAUUUCAGUUUUGAUUGAUGUUAUAAAUUUAUAAUUGAAUAAAUUUUAUUUUUUUAAUUUCAGUUUUACUCUCAAAAUCUCAAUGUCUUCGGGUAAGUCUCGUGUAUCAUCAUCAACGGGGGAUGAUGAUGAGCGGGAUCCAGCUAGAAAAUAUGGGACACCGAAUCCAAGCAAUCCUUUUGCGUGGACUUGUCAAUUUUGUCUAAAAGUGACAAAUGGAGGAGCAUUUCGCUUGAAACAACAUUUAGUGGGUGGUUAUAGGAAUGCAAAGAAAUGUCCUAAGGCUCCGGAACAUGUUCGAGUAGAAGUGAAUGCUUAUAUGAUGAAGAAAGCAGCUAACAAAGUCAUGAAGCAUUUUGCUAAAAAUCCACCUCAAUGUGUUGAAGAUGAUGAUGAUCAAGAAGAGGAUGAAGAGAUGGAAAUUGGAGGUAGCUCACGCACCACGACGAGUAAGAAGGCCCCGGCUCCAAAGAGGAUGAAAGGUCCUUUAGAUGUUUAUCUUAGCCAACCUAGUUCUCAAACUCAUGAAGUAUUGAAGGGAAGAAAAGAAAGAAAAGGAGUCUUUGGUGGUGCUAGUGACAAGAUAUGUAGGGAAAGAGCUUGUAAAGCAAUUGCAAGGUUCUUUAAUGACAAUGCUAUUCCUUUCCAUCCGGUCACUAGUGAUAGUUUCAAGAACAUGGUUGAAGAAAUUGGACAAUAUGGUCCCGGAUUGGAACCACCGAGCAUGUAUGAGCUAAGAGUUCCUUUUCUUCAAAAGGAAGUGGAAGACACGGACACCAAAGUGUUGGAGUUCAAGAAAGAAUGGGCCACAAAGGGAUGUUCUAUUUUAUCCGAUGGAUGGCGUGAUUCGGUGGUGCAAAAGGAUAUUGUAAACUUCCUUGUCAAUUCUCCAAAAGGGUCCGUGUUCAUCAAAUCGGUGGAAGUAUCCGAAGUUGUGAAAGAUGCAAUCACUUUGUUUCAAAUGCUUGAUUCUAUUGUUGAGGAAGUUGGAAAGGCAAAUGUUGUGCAAGUGGUGACGGAUAAUGCAUCUAACUAUGUCAAAGCGGGGAAAUUGCUUAUGACAAAAAGACCACAUCUUUAUUGGACUCCAUGUGCCGCACAUUGCGUGGACUUAAUGUUGGAGGAUAUUGGAAAGCUUCCAAAGAUCAAGAAUGCCCUCAAGAAGGCGAUCUUCAUGAAUGGUUAUAUAUAUAACCACGUCGCCGUUGUCAACAUGAUGAGAAGAUUCACAAAUCAAAGGAAUUUGCAUCGACCGGCGGUCACAAGGUUUGCAACUUCCUUUAUCACUCUUGCACAAUAUCAUAAGCAAAAGAACAACUUGAGGAAGAUGGUGACUUCGGAAGAGUGGAAUGCUUCAAAGUGGGCAAAGGAAGCGGGGGGAAAGAAGGUGACAGCUUAUAUUUUGCAAGACACAUUUUGGAGGAAUGUGUUGUAUGCUCUUAAGUUGGGAGGUCCUCUUGUGACGGUACUUCGGAUGGUUGAUGGGGAUAAAAAACCGGCCAUGGGGUACAUUUAUGAAGCUAUGGAUAGAGCUAAGGAGGCUAUUGCUAAGAGUUUUGGUCACAAGGAGGAGCAUUACAAAGAAGCGUAUGGGAUCAUUGAUAAAAGAUGGGAUUGCCAACUUCACCGUCCUUUACAUGCGGCCGGAUACUUUCUUAAUCCGGAAAUCUAUUAUGAUAAUCCGGAUCAAGUGAGUUGCCAAGAGAUUGAGCAAGGCUUGUAUGAAUGCAUUCAAAGGUUGAUUCCCGAUGAACCAACUCAAGACAAGAUCAUGGCUGAGUUGGAUGCCUACAAAAAUGCAAAUGGUCUAUUUGGCAAUGCAAUGGCAAUUAGACAUAGAAAGGUCAAAUCACCAGCGGAUUGGUGGUCUUGUUAUGGAUCUUCAAGUCCCAACCUCAAAUCAUUUGCGAUAAAAGUUCUUAGCCUCACUUGUAGUGCUACCGGAUGUGAGAGAAAUUGGAGUGUCUUUGAUCAUCUUCAUACCAAGAAGAGAAACCGAUUGGCACAAGAUCGGCUCAAUAAAUUGGUUUAUGUGAAGUACAAUCGCACUUUGGAAAGGCGAUACAAGAGGAAAGACACAAUAGAUCCUAUUCUAUUAGAAGAGAUUGAUGAUAGCAAUGAAUGGUUGGUUGGACAUAUGGAUGGGGAAUCUUCUAAUAAAGAUGAUCUUGUGUUUGAGGAUGGUGAUUUGACAUGGAAUGUCGUUAGUAAGGCUUCGGGAGCUAAUGAUCCUAUUUAUAGCACUAGACGGGCAUCUAGAGUUGAUAAAGGAAAGAGUGUAGUUGCUUCGAGUUCGAGAAGGCUUUUAGAUGAGGAUGAAGAUGAGGAGAGGGAAGUGAAUGAGAUGGAAGAGGACAUUGGUGAAGACAAAGAUGAUGGGGAUGAUGCAUUUGAGGAUGAUGGACUUGAGGAUGAUGAUUUUUGAUUACUUGUUUGAUAUUUGAUCGUACUUUUAGACUUGCAUAUUUUAAAACUUAAGUAUUUGUGUGUUUUGGAUUAAGUAUUUGUGUGUUUUGGAUUAAGUAUAUGUGUGUUUAAGUACUA